AUGGCUUCCUCCAUCCCGGUUGUCACUGCACAUAGUGCUGGCAACAAGUCUAAGGGCAAGCGGAUAGGGGCAUUGCUGGAUCUUUCUCGUGGGGAACCUCCCCUGAACGCAGCGAAACGAAUUCCGCAAAAGGAGUUUCAAAAAAACAUAGCUUCAGCUCCGCAGGCCCGCGCCCAAUUGAGCCGUAUUCCUCAAAGCCCAUCUAUUCCCAAGCAGGCUAUAAAGACCGAGCCGAGGGCUUCUCGCCCACCCUUCAGUCAUGAGACACAGGCCUCCUCAACAGGCUCACGUUCCGGAAUCCCUAUGAUCAAGUCAACAACAUUAGAUGAGAAUCACUGUGAGGCACCAAAACAUCCAAGGAGGGUGUUACGGCGGAAACAGCCAACUAUUCUGAAGCAACCUGCAAAUCUCCAUGCACAGAAUCAAUAUUCCUCAGAUCCUUCUAGAAUUAGCUCAUCGCCCCAAAAACCCUCUCACACAUCGCGUGACCCAGCUAACCCCUCUUCAAAUCAACACAUAACGCAGACAUCGAGAGACACUCCCAGCACACCGCGAAUCGAGACCCUAACUCGGAGCACCGCGCAGCAAACCCGUAUAUACCCGGAACUAGAUCGCUACAAAGAUAUUCAAAUACCAGCUUCUAGGGAUCCACUAGGGAAAGAUGCUCUGUACAGGCUCGCAACGGAAGACCUACCUCCACCAACACCCCUCUUUUCAGGCGCGAGCAGCUAUAGUCAAUCAAGCAACUUCAGUGCCAGCCCUUCUACAAGGUUCUCGGGCUCGCCCGGUACUGGUCCGUACAGUCGAGAUACGACACCAACAUCGAUGUGCUCACAGUCUCCCGGUUUUGUGGCACCAGUGCGUCUAACAGUUGCCAGAGCGAGACAAACAAGUCCAGCCGAGACGAGGCCCCCAAUCACUCGGAGAAGAGCUGGCAGUACAUCAAAUGAAGGAGGCUCUUUCAGCGCCGAUCCCCAGGGACUUGCUGCCGUGAGGGAGGCUUUAACAUCAUCAUCUUCCAGCUCAACGGUACGCACAGAAGAGAAAAUCAGUAGUAAAGUCCGCCGAGGGCACCCGGCUCCCCAUCUGAGUCCACCUCCCAGGAAAUCGUCACAGAAAUUCAAAAAGGUUCAAAGCACGGAUGAAACUCAACUGUCAUUCCAGUCCCGGAUUUCACAUCAUUCAGGAAUAAGAUCGCCUUCGCCUGGCAAAGCCACAGAGCCUACCAACAGUAGAACUUCUAGUGUCACGCCGUCCCAUCAGCGUAGGCCAACGCCACCGUCCCGCCCAAGUAGGGAUGGAACACCUGAUCUCUACUCCCAAUUCGGUGGCCCAAUCCCAGUUAUACACAGCAACCUAUCAUCUACAAGCCUCUCCGAAAGACGUCAAAGUGGACAACUGCAGGCAAACUCGCUUCCCAGACCAACAACACAGAGAACAAGCCAUGAUCAUCCUAGUUCCUCACGGCCUUCUAUCAGUCAAGAAUCUUCAAGUCCACGAACAGACCUUCUACAAGGUUUACAAGAUGGAAGAGCCGAUACAAGAAAGACUAACCGAAUCCCAAGCCCAAGCGUUCCACCAUCUAGAUAUAGGUUCCCAAUUUUCGGACGGCGAACAAAAGCCAGCCCCGAUGUGGCAGAAACUGAAAGGAAAAGAGCUAAAAUCACUAGGAAGGGGCCGGCUGCUGGGACAGGACAUGAAGGUUAUGGCAGGGUUGGUGCAGUCAGGAGAAGAAGCUUCUUAGUCUCAACUUUGCAUACUGCUGAUUCAGGCCCUGUUGCAUCGUCUGAGAGCCUUUUAAGCACUCAAUCGGCAGAUACGUUCUUAUUAGAACGUAUGAGUCCAGUCAUCAUUGCUGGUGGUGAGGUGGUCAAGAACCAGAAUACUAGUUUUGAUUUGACCCGGACUGAAAGUAAUCAGAGCGCUUCCUGGCACCGACCAAGCCUUAGCCCACGAAAGCUUUCAGCUACAUCUACCAUCUCUAGGGAGGAUAACCGUCAAACACUGUGGCCAUCCCCUUCUCUUUCGGAAACGACUCACUCGCACCGGCCCCCAGAUCACAACAGCACGGAGGAGAUGAGAACGAAAUUGACACUUCUAGAUCGAAGGUCAUCACGUGAAUUUCGGCCAAGAAAUGGUUCACAACCCAGUUUUCCAAAAGUGAGCAACACUCGAGCUCCCUCGGCAGCAAGCAUGGCCACAACUAUCUACACUGAUGAUUCGUUCCCGGAUAUACAGCCACUACAAAGUCAUACGCUUCCACAGGCCAGUUCACCAGUCAAAAAGUUGACCAAGACGGCGAAAUCGCCUCGAAAAUGGAACCUUUUCGGAAGAAACCAGGCUGGAUCACCUCCAAAGAAGAAAGUAGAGGUACCUGUUGUGAUUCAAGCUUCUCAGAACCAAUCGCCGGUAUUUAGCACAACAACGGGCUCCCUUGAACAGGAAUACAUCGAUGAAAAAUAUAAUUUAAAUGCUGUAUUGCAUGAAGUGGAAGUUCUUCCAGUUGCGGAAAUGCAGCUCAAUAAUAACCAGAGACCAUCUACCGGUAGCAGCGCUAGCCAACUAAUUCACACGGAAUCCGAAAAAGACAUAAUCAGUGUCGAUUCGAAACGGAACGACAUAUUACCCCAGAUCUUGCGACUUAGCGCAAAUCAAGACGACCGCCAAGCCGAGAAGAUCGCUGUUGAACCAUCGCCUAAUCGCCCUAGUAGGCUCCCCCAAGUUGGCAGGAUUCCAAAAGUCAUGGCUAGUCGCCCUGAACAAACAUCUCCAAAGAGCUUUUCUCGUCCGUUCAACCGCGUGAGUAUUCAAGGGCUACCAACUCAAUUAGCUGAACCAGAUCAAGACUCCAUUGCGAAAGGCCCGAGUCCACGUGGUUCGGUAACAUCAAAUCUCAAGGAUGCUGAAUUGCCCACGGCGACUCAAUCACAGGUAAAAUCAGACAAAGACGAGGGUUGCUAUGACAACAAAUCCAUACUUGAGCAGCAAGAGCAGGAAUUCCUAGUGUUUCCGCCUUAUGGAGAUUCUAGCCAAGCAGAGGGAUCUGAAUCAAGCGGUUCUGAUACCCCUGAUCAUGCUGUUCCCAUACCGCACAUACAACAUCAAUUGCCACCGCUUGGAGUAGACGAGGUCUGGGACGAAUUCAACGACCUACUUGAGGACUCACCCCCAUCUCCCACAUCAUCUUGCGGACUUCCAUUUCCACUUGAGACCUAUUACUCCAGUCUAGUCAAGCAGUCGGUGAAACCUCUCGAGUCACCGACCUAUGUGACCAAGCCUAUCUAUGAUGUUCGGAGUUCUACUGCAACCGCUAGAACUACCACUGAGUCUAGUCACUAUAGUGCUGACAUGACCGCACGGAUUAACGCUGCUUUUCGAUUCGAUUCUGAGCCACCACCAGCACCUUUACCUAAACCCGAACCUGUACCAGGCUACGAUAGCCUCAACCACAGCGCGGCAGGAGCAGAUCAAGACUCCAAUACAUCACCUCGAGCCAGCUCAUCGUCCAAUGUUGAUGAGGGGACUAAAACUAAUAGUGCGAGAACCUCGCGCGCUAGUGAGAGGAUUUCAACAAGUAGUGGGCUCAGUGAAGAGACGCCACUUUCUCAGGUGAAUCUGCGUGUGGGCUCGAUGACUGUCAGCAAAUGGCUCACAUUCGGUCAUGUUUUGUUCAGCCCCGUGAGAGAAGAUCUCGCAGAUAAUGAUAGCUCACUCAAGCGCCAGUCAUUACUUGUUAUUGAUGGGUUGGGCAAUGAUGAUUGGUCCUUCUAUGCCGCAGAAACGUACCCUGCAGCGAAUUUUUUCAAUCUUUCGCCUCGUGCACCGGUGCAGCAAGAGCAAACCACAACAAAAUUUCCUCUCUCACCACCAAACCAUCACCAAAUUCAGUUCACAUCUCAUGCAGACAAGUUUCCGUUCGGUCCAGAUAGUUUUACUGCCCUCGUCUUUCGCUUCCCCGCGGUCGCGCCAGAGUCACACUACCGCAAUAUUAUAUCGGAGGCCCAAAGGGUUCUGAAACCCGGUGGGUUCAUUGAAUUUGCCAUUCUGGAUGUUGACCUUAACAACGUCGGCAAUCGGACCCGGCGGGCUGUCCGACAUCUGAAGGAACAAGUCAGUAACCAAAAUCCCGAUUUCUACCUUAGUAGUACUGCAGACCUCAUUCUGCGCUUACUGGGAAAGAAAGGAUUCGUUGACAUCAAAACUUGUCGUCUGGGGGUGCCGGUUGCUAGCUCAAUUACAGCGCCGAAAAAGAAUGGGAAAAAGGACGAGCGCAGUCUGGCAGAGAUGAUGAACGAUGACACUGAAGUAGGUGAUAAGAGCAUAACCAAAAUGGUCUCCAAGGUCGGUCGGUGGUGGUAUAAUCGAUGCUACGAAGUUCCUAUUGGAAUGAAGAGCAGUAUCUGGCACGAUAAAGCUUUACUUACCGAAUGCGAGGAAUGGGGCACUAGCUUGAAGCUGAUGGUUUGCCACGCAAGAGUACCUGAAGCCAGACCGCGAAACGCAAGCGUUUGA